CUGUCUGGAAACAAAUUAGUUAAAAUUAAAAAAUAGACAGGGGCCUAGGGUUUUCAGAAAUAAUACUACUCCCAAAUUUAGUAGGUGGUAGUGAAUCGAAAACCUUCCUCAUUUGGGGGUAGAAGAUCAUAAAGGAAGGAAGCUCGGGUCUUCUUCGCUUUGGAACUUGCAGAAUCGUAUCAUUCAUAUCCACAGCAGUUAGAGGACACUGGAGUGGUAUCCAACUUCUGGUGCUAUCCAAUUAGCCUGCCUAGCUACAAUUUAUCAAAGAAUUGUUUAAGAGCUGAAAAGGGGCUUCUCCAAUUCCGGUGAAACUGUAUUUAUGUGAUGCUUGAAGAGAAACAAUAGAUUUCUCCUGCAUUUCAACUUCUAUCAAUGGUUACUUCCACUUUCAACCCUUCAUUCUGCUCUCUUUCUUCUAACCUCAAUCACCAGGGCUUGUCACGUGGAGUUCAUUUGGGGAGGUUUGCAUUGAGCAGGAAGGUGUCUCCACCAGUUUUACCAAAGAAAUUUGAAUUGCGUUGCUCUAUAGAAAGAGAUAUGGAUGUUAGACCAUCUGUUUUGGUAGAUGAUAUCCCUGAAAGCUUAAAUGGAAUGGAGUCGACUAAGGAACCAAGUGUUUCCACAAUUUUAUUGAACUUUGAGAACCAUUUUGAUCCCUAUGGUGCCUCCAGUACACCUCUUUAUCAAACGGCUACCUUUAAGCAGCCUUCUGGAACAGAAAAUGGCCUUUAUGACUAUACUAGAAGUGGAAAUCCUACUCGAGACGUACUGGAAAGGCUUCUAGCCAAGCUUGAUAGGGCAGAUCGUGCAUUUUGCUUUACAACUGGAAUGGCGGCUUUGGCUACUGUGACCCAUCUUGUUGGAACUGGUCAGGAAAUCGUUGCCGGAGAUGACAUAUACGGUGGUUCAGAUCGGUUGCUUUCACAUGUACUUCCAGGAAAAGGAGUAGUUGUGAAGCGUGUUAAUAUGUCUGAUCUGAAUGAGGUUGCUUCUUCUAUUGGUCCCUUGACAAAGCUAGUGUGGUUGGAAAGUCCAACUAACCCUCGCCUUCAGAUCUGUGAUAUACGUAAAAUUGCUGAGAUUGCUCAUGAUAAUGGUGCUCUUGUGCUGGUGGAUAACAGUAUAAUGUCUCCUGUAUUGUCACAACCAUUGGAUCUUGGAGCAGACAUUGUAAUGCACUCAGCUACCAAAUUUAUAUCUGGGCAUGCAGACGUCAUGGCAGGAGUCCUUGCUGUCAAGGGAGAAAGCUUGGCGAAGCAAAUAGCCUUCUUACAAAAUGCAGAGGGAGCUGCAUUAGCUCCGUUCGACUGUUGGAUUUGCUUGCGGGGCAUUAAAACCAUGUCUUUACGUGUUGAGAGGCAGCAGGAGAAUGCCCAAAAGAUUGCUGAAUAUCUGUUUUCAAAUUCUCGAGUGAAGAAAGUUAACUACGCUGGUCUUCCUGGCCAUCCUGGAAGCUCUUUGCACUAUUCUCAGGCAAAGGGAGCUGGUUCUGUGCUGAGCUUUUUGACGGGAUCCGUAGCACUCUCAAAACACAUUGUGGAAGCAACCAAGUACUUCAACAUUACCGUCAGUUUUGGAAGUGUGAAGUCACUUAUAAGCAUGCCCUGCUUCAUGUCCCAUGCAAGCAUACCCGCUGCAGUUCGUGAAUCGAGGGGUUUGACAGAAGAUCUUGUGCGUAUAUCUGUAGGAAUUGAGGACGUUAAUGAUUUGAUUGCAGAUUUGGAUUAUGCAAUAAGAACAGGACCUGUUUAAGGUGCUUGAGUUGCACAUAUCUGUUUCUAUGUACCACCUCUCUUCAUUGUGAAACCUUGUAAUAAAACAAUUCUUCUUGUGUUAUUACCGACUCUCUUUAACUUAUAUUCGAAUACAACAAUGAGUAUUUGUAUGGAUUCACCAA